AUGGUUGUCGAAGAAUCUGCUUCGCUGCCACCCCGCUCAAGUCAACAUGAGCAGGGCGGCGCACCAUCCAAACUCAACCCCCAACCACUUCAGCCGCGCUCCCGGACACCAAAGGGCAUGGACGGGCACGGAAAGUCGGACGCCAAGAUGCCCGGUGCGCUCUCUGGCCCACCCCAUCAGCCAGUUCGACCUGCGCCUCUGGCCCGGGCCGGUGGUGCAAUUUCGUACUCUCAGUCCAUGUUUGGCGGCGGGUCGUCGGGCGACAGCCAUGCUCUUCAGCCUCCCCGUCCCAAACCCGAGCUCGACAAGGAGGAGCUCACCACCAAGGGACGCAAACGUAAACGUCUCGCAAAGGCCUGCAGCGCAUGUCACAAAAACAAGCGCCGAUGUGACGGUUUCGCGCCCUGCUCCAACUGCGAGUUUUCUGCUCGUCCUUGCAUCUACCUCAACGCGCAAGGAGAGCAAAUUCCACCUCCGCGCACGCGCGACUCGUCUGCCACGCCAAUGGGUAAACGCCCCAGCAAUGAUGAGGGCAAAACUCUUUUGCAGGCUGGCGCGCCGGAACGACGUCUGAGCGGCGGUCCGGGUGGCGCUUCGGUCCACCCCGCCGGAGAGGAAUGGCGCCGUGACUACCGAGAGGGUGAACGUGUUGCGGGUGCUGCUCCUGCUGUUGCAGCAGCUGCCAGCGGCGAUGUCCCGCCUGCCGCUUGGCGUGGCGAGGGUCGCUCGUUUGGUCCCAUCGAGGUCGUUGAGCGCGACUAUGCGCUGGCCGCAGAGCUCAUUGACAUUUGUCUCAAGCGCACACCUCCGUACGCUGCAAUGUUCCACCCCGCCACCUUCUAUCAUCGCUACUACCUCGGCCGCACGUCGCCCAUGCUUUUGGACGCCAUGUACACGAUUGGUGCCCGCCUGUGCGAUAACCAGGCCUUUGUCUCUGCGUACCCCGCGACCGUUCCGGGACAUCUCAGGGGUCAGGUCUUUGCCGAGCGCUGCCGUGCCAACUUGGAGCGCAUUAUCGAGAUGCGCAGACAUUGGACCGAAGAGGAGAGACAGCUUGACCAAGGCACUUGGGACGAGACAGAGUGCGCACAGUCCGCGCUCCUGUUGUCCGUCUUUUAUAAUUCGGUUCGCCAGCCCCGUCUGGGUCUCUACUACCUCGACUUUGCCAUCUCCGUGUUGAGUCCCAACAGCCAGGGUGCCAUUCCUCCUCCGUCGCCACGCCUCAACCUCACCACCCCCGAGUACUUCACGCUUGCAGAGGUUCGCAACCGCACCUUCUGGCUGUGCGUUGUCGGCGACAUUUGCUCGGCAGCGAGCGGCCGUCGCCGCCACGUCCAGGACCAUGACAUUGCGAACGUGCCUCUCCCUGGUCCCGAAAUGCACUGGGCUCGCUGGGGUGGUAUGGCUGCCGGAGGCCGCGAGCCUGGACGCCGCGACUGCCUCACGGUCGGUACUGGCAACUGGCACUCUGAGGAGGGUCAGGUGGGCGAGCUCGGCCACAUUAUGCGCAUUCUCUGCAUCUUCUCCAACAUUAUGGCCAUUGCCAACAAUGGUGGUCAUGGCUCGAUCGAGAUCCGUCACCUCCCGGCAAGCCACCACGAGCAGGCCCUCAAGGCCUGGGCACUUGACCUCCCGCGUCACCUCCGUUUCGACGAGGUCAACCUGGCGCUUAGCAUGGCCAAGAUUAGCUCGCCCGUGCCCGAGGUCGCUUUUGCCGGCUGGUCCUUUGCGUACAUGCACGCAGUGGCUGAGUGUGGCAUGUUCUACCUCCAGUCCAAGCACACCGGCGUGCCGUUUGCCGUCCAGCGCCAGGGUCAGGCAGUCGACAACCUCAGCGUCGUCAUCGACUCGCUCGGCGAACGCGGUCGCGAGGGUCCUCUCAUGUUCUUCCCCAUCAUGAUCAUCACCUGCUGGACGGAGCACGUCUGCGCGACAUCCCCUUCAGCAAACCAGGCCGCCCUUGAGGAGCGCCUCAGCGUCUGGUGGGCGGAUGUCUUCCGCGAGUGGGGCUGGGACCGUCGCGAGACGCUCCAAAACGGCAUCUUCCCCAACCUCGAGAUCAUCGGCAACGACUCAAGCCGCCACCCCGGCCCUCUUGCGGCCCCUACGUCGGCCAAGCGUCGCUCAUUCUUUGAGCCUGCCAUUGCGUCGUCGGCUGCGUCCCACCACGUUGCCACGCCCUCCGAGAGCUCGUACCCUACCAACGCGAGGUACCCGGUUCUGCCUCCCCUCCGUCCCCGCGCAGGCUCGGGACAGUACCACUCGCCGUCACCCCCUCCUCCUCGUGGCCACCGCCACAUGGGCUCGAUCGGCAGCGCCGGUUCUGGCCCCGAGGUCCGCCCAGAAGGUGGCAUCACUCUGCCUCCUCCUCUCGGCUUCCGCCCCUCCGGACCUCUUGUUGACCGCGACUACGACCGCGAGGCUCAGCGCGAGCGCGAGCGUGAACGCGAACGCGAACUUCACCGCGAACGUGAACGUGAGCGUGAGCGUGAGCGCGAGCGUGAGCACGCCGAGGACAGGGAGCGUAUGAGUCGUGAGAGCACGCACGAGCCCCGCCCCCUUGCGGCCCCGGCCGGAGCCAAGCGCGAGCGCUGGUCCACCUCCGUCUCUGGCCCACCACUUCUCGGCAUCGACGCACUCGUCUCUGCAGCUGAGGAGCACCGCCGCGAGAGCGAGCAGUCAGGCACCCCGUCCGCUAUCGCCGCCUAG